UUAUAGAAGAGACAGAUUUAUAGCUCUAGAAUAUGAGGGUAUUGAUAGGUACAAAGAAGAAAAGAUAUUUUGGGCUCCUCCAUUACCUACUCGCAACACAUUGCCUCAAUCUCUCCCUCAAACUAAACCCAUCAUUCAACAAAAACCAUUAUCUCCCGUUUUGCCACAAAUUUCUCUUGAGGAAUCUCAAUCUGUUACACCUCCUCCAACUAAAGAAGAUAUUAGACCUGUUACUCCAGCUCUGCAACCUUCUCCACCACUUCCUCCAGCUCAACAACCUUUUCCACCACUUCCUCCAGUUCAAGAACGACUUUUGUCACCUCCACGCAAAAUUUCCACAGCUGAUGAAAAUCAAUAUUCAUCUAUUUCUAAGCCACAGAAAAAUCCUAGCUCCCCUUCUCCUAAAGAACUACGUCCACCUUCGCCCAUUAAUCCCCCGACUACUUCUCCGCUUCCUGAUUUACCAAAGCCUGAAGCACUAA